UAACCCAGCACAGCAUUACGCAAAACUGCGCUAUAUAAAGCACUGUGCAGCAAACUGCAGUGUCAUUCAUACACUUUGUCACUUGGAGAAGCCAGGGGAGCCCAGGGACGGUGCCAAGGAUGAAAGUGUAUCUGACAGCAGUGGGGAUACUGGUCCUGGUGGCCACAGUACAGUGUACGGAACACAAGUGCCUGCAAGGCCGGGACCACAAGAAAGCCCCCAGUGAAGAGCACAGCAUGAAGGAGUGCACAGUGUACUCCAACUCUUCCUGCUGCUACAGCAACUUCACUGAGCAGCUAGUCUCCCCUGUGAAAAAGGUGGACAACACCCAAUGGGAUCUGUGUCAGAAACUCAGCACAGGAUGUGAGGCAUUCAUGAAGAAGGUGGAGUGUUUCUACCAAUGCUCCCCCAGUGCAGUUAACUGGAUGAACCCCAACUACACUGCUGGCCUCCUGCACGUGCCACUAUGUGUCAGCUUCUGCAACAACUGGUUUGAUGCAUGCAAAAAUGACCUGACGUGUGCAAAGAACUGGAUCACUGACUUCAAAUGGGACGAGAAUGGCAACAACCACUGCAGUGGAGACUGUGUGCCAUUCAACAAAAUGUACUCCAAUGGAACAGACCUGUGCCAGAGCAUGUGGGGCCAGACGUUCAUGGUCACCGACUCGGACUGCCGCUGCCUGAGGAUGGAUGGCAGAGAUGAGAUGGUGCUGCAAUACAUCCUGUACAAGGACUCCAGCUCCAGCUCCAGCUCCAGCAGCUCCAGCAGCUCAGCCUCCAGCCAGGAGACGUCCUGCCAGCAAGCCCUCAGGAGACUGGAGGCUCCGGAAGCAGAGCCAGAAGGCGAGGAGUCAGUAGUCCUUAAAAAGGAAUGAAGAGAUCCUACUUUUGCAUCAUGGGAUGGACUUGCACUUCUCACAUCAAGCUUUCUGCAAAAGAGGACAAAGCCGCAUUGCAGCAGAUAUUUACAGAGUGUUCAAGUGCACAAUAUACCAAACAAAGCAUAUAUGUACAGCUUAAUAAAAGUAAAAUCGGUGUAUUGAAAUCCA